CCCAGGCAUCUCACAGGUAGGUCUGAAACUGUCAGCCGGCCAGUGUAGACAACAGAGAGAGAUGGACCGUGGAUCUUGACUCCUGCUUCCGAUGUUCUUUAAGUGACAGGAAGCAAGAGUUCUGCUAGUCAGACCUCAUCUAGAAUACCGUGUCCAGUUUAAGACACCUGGGGAUGCGAGGAAAUUGAUCCUGAGACUUCCCAUAUGCAAAGCUCUUUGACUAUAGUGGGGAAAACUCUAGCUGGCAGCAGCUCUCGUGGUUUGUUUGUUUGUUUGUUUGUCUAGCGCUACCCGCAGAAGCCUGGGAUUGAGCCGGAGACCUCCCUUCCCCCCGGCCCAAAAGGGUCCUUUUUGCUCUUCUUGCGUUCCUCUCUGGGCAUAGAAGCGCACUCUCGCUGAGGAUGGAUGCCAUGAGUUGUGCAAAGUUAGACGGCGCGCCCGGGAAGCCGAGCUGCGAGGGUUAAAGCAGCUGUGCGUCACGGGGAAAAGGAACCGGUUGCCGCGCCCUGGGCUGAGGCCAGCUCACCUGGGACAGGUGAGAAGAGGCUGCUGGCUCGCUUGCUGGGAGAGGGAAGGGCCGGGCCGUCGAGGAUGGCGCUGUGUCCGGCCGUGCCGCCGUCGUGGCGCUACGGGUUGCUGCUGGGCGCCUACGGGCUCUUCCUGCUGGUGGGCGCCGCCGUCUUCGCGGGCCUGGAGGGGCCUCCCGAGCGAGCCCUCCUGGCCGCCCUGCACGACGCCCGCGCCCGCCUGCUGGCCGAGCACCGCGCGUGCCUGUCGGAGGAGAGGCUGGCCGGCCUCCUGGAGCGCCUCAUCGACGCCGGCAACUACGGCGUCUCCGGCCUGGGCAACGUCUCCGGAGACGAGAACUGGGAGUUCACCUCGGCGCUCUUCUUCACCGCCAGCGUCCUCACCACCACAGGUUAUGGACACACGGUUCCUCUCUCGGCUUUGGGCAAAAUAUUCUGCAUCCUGUACUCGCUGCUGGGCAUCCCCAUGACCCUGUUAUUCCUGGCCUGCCUGCUCCAGCACCUUCUGCCCCUCCUCAGCCACCGUCCCGUCCAGUACAUCCAGACACGCUGGGGUUUCCCGCUGGCCCGCGUGGCCCUUGUCCACGCCAUGGGGCUGGGGCUGGCCACCCUGGGGCUCUUCAUCCUCAUCCCUGCCAUCUGCUUCUGGGCCCUGGAGGGCAGCUGGAACUUCCUGGAGUCGGUGUAUUUCUGCUUCAUCUCCCUCAGCACCAUCGGCCUGGGCGACUACGUGCCGCGAGGGAGCUCACAGCCGCCUCUGCACGAGCUCUACGAGCUUAGCAUCACUUGCUAUCUACUUGUUGGAUUAUUGGCCAUGCUUGUGACUCUUGAGACGGCCUAUCAGCUACAGGAAGUCCGGGCUUUUGUGCGUUUCUUCGCUCCUGCCAGUGACCCACCCCAGGAGGACGACGACCGUCUGGAGAUCUUGGCCAGAGACCAGCUUGCCUUGGCCACAGUGUCUGGUUCCACUUCCCAAGAUGUGCCUAUGGAAAGAGGUGCCACUUGACAUCUCCUGGGGGGAGCCAACCCUCCCCCAGUCACCGGAUGCUUUACUUUUCUUUAUUUGCGUUCUUGCUAUUUUAUUGUAUUUUAUUAUAUUUGUAUUAUUGUUGUUGUUGCUAACUGCCCUGAGUGCCAUUUGGCGGAAAGGCAGGGUGCAAAUUUAACUGAUGUAAAAAUAAGAAACUGCACCCUUAGCUCCCCCUGCCCAUGUCCAGCCUUCAGUUUGCACCCUAGAGAGGAAGAUUACAUGUGAUAGAGAAGCAUGCAGAGAGGAAGCAAAGGCUUUGCAGGGCAUGGAGAAGCCAUAAGUAGAAAGCCCAUAUUUUCUGUAGGGGAGAAAGGGAAAACAAAACAGCAAGAACUGAACCCUCUCCUCAAAUGCAGCACUUUGUGAUUCUGUGGGAUGACUCCAUUCAAGCAUGGUUGAGCUAUGUCCGAUCGCUCUUCCAAAAAAGGUGAAUCCAGGAAGCAGUGCAAAUUUGACACCACCUCCUAGAUUCACAUAGAACUCUCCUUCCUUCUUUCUUGGUCCACAUUCACAACGUAAGUAAAAAGCACCAACCACAAUGCCACUUGGCUUCCACCAGAGAAUUCUGGGAGCUGUAGUUUGUUAAGGGUGAAAAGCGGAGACCCCCAUUCCCCUCACAGAGCUGCAAUUCCCAGAGUGAUUUAUCAAUCGACCCCUCUUCCCAGGAAUGAUAAGAAUUGUAGUUCUGGGAGGGGAAUACAGGCCUCCUAAACUCUCAGCAUCUUUAACAAACUACAGCUCCCAUGAUUCUUUGGGGGAAGUCACAGCUUUUAAAGUGGUAUCUUAGUGCUUGAAGUACUGCAUUAUAUGGUAUGAAUGUGCCCCCCCCCCUCUCAGCACAUUAGAACCUAAGAGAUGCAGUAGCCAUGAAAAUCCCUCAACAUGCAUAGCUAUUAGGCUGCACCACACAUAGUAAUUUUUAAAAGCUUCCAUACAUACAAGGAAGGAAAGCUGUGGUUUGGAUGGGGAGGCCUUGUAUGCUCCUCCCAGUCAAUUUCGAGAUGUUUCUCACUCUGGGUAUGUUUAGCCUGGAAAAGAGGAGUCUGAGAGGAGAUAUGAGAGCCAUCUUCAAAUAUCUCAAAGGCUGCCGCAUGCAAGAGGGAACAAGCGUGUUUUCUCCUGCUCUGGAGGGUAGGACCCGAUCCAAUGGCUUCCAAGUUGCAAGAAAGGAGAUUCUGACUAAACAUCAGGAAGAACUUUCUGACAGUAGGAGCUGUUCUGACAGUGGAACGGUCUCCCGCGGGAGAUAGUCGACUCUUCUUCCCUGGAGGUUUUUAAGCAGAGAUUGGAUGACCAUCCGCCUGGGAUGCUUUAGCUGAGAUUCCUGCAUUGCAGGGGGUUGGACUAGAGGACGCUGCCAACAAUUCUGUGAUGAUGCUGUCCUUCCACUGUCAGAGGAAGGUGUGGUGUGGAGACUGCUGUUGUGCUCAGGCCCUGCUUGUGGGCUUCUCAGAGACAGAAGGCUGGCCAGUGGAAGAAUAGAGUGCUAGGCUGGAUGGGCCUUUAGUGUGAUAUUUUAUGUCCACUACUUUCUGGAGGCCUGCAUCACAGACAAGAAUUUUCAAGGACCACACUCCCUUUGUGGCAGCGUUCCGGGGGCCACAUGCCAGAGGUGGCGCAGGACCAGAAGCAAAAGCAAGCCAAGCAACAAAUGCAAAUUUUACCUUUGUACGUCAGGUGAGUUUCUACAUUCACUCCUGUAUCCACCAACCAGGAAAGCACAAGGUGUUAGCAGAGUUUGAGAGCAUUUUCCUGUCUAGCAAAACACUAGGGUGAAAGCCACAGUUGAGAAGAGGAUUUGUAGCCUGGGCAGAUUCCAAAGGACCAAAUGCAGAGGCCUCGAGGGCUGCAUUUGGUUCCUCGGCUUCAGGUACCUGAACAAAACCGGUGCAGUUAUGUUUAUCUGGCUGUCAAAAGGGUAAUUAUUCUGGCUGCAUGAGUAAGUCAAGGCACUUUAUGUAUCGUUGUCAGCAACACUGGUACUUAAAAUAUAAGAAUAUAUUUUUCCUAUUCUUUUUUUAAAAAAAUAUUUUUACCUCACCCUGAGGUCCUUUGGGAGGAAGGGUGGAAGAACUAAAUAAAUGAGUGGUGAUUUUGGAAACCACCCAGAGAAUGUUGGGUUUGGGGGCAGCACAGA